GGUGGCUUGUUAUCGCGAGGAACUGUGAAGCUCCGACGAGUGCGUUCUUCUCCGACGAGACUUCCAGGGUGGCAAAGAAACAGGGACGUAUGCUGUUUUUUCCCCUCUAGUGUCUUAAAAUAGAAAUAAUUUCCGUGUUAUGUCGCUUCGUUAUUUUUGUUUAUUUAAAAAAAAUAAAUCCCAUCUCCUCUUGAGGCGUAGCGAAGCUCGUCACGCAUCUGUGACCGCUGGAAUUCCGUUUUCAGACCCUGGACAGCUCCGGAGCCGUUACUAUCGAGCUGAUCGACUCCCUGAUGUGAUUGUGGGGGAAGCCCCGCAGGCGCAUUAUUCCUCCACCCCCCCUGAAGCUGUUAUUACCUUGCUGCUUCAGCGACAGCCUCGUCGUCUCCGAUGAAGUAUGGUGCGUUCAGACCGGAGGUGUUUCCAUCAGGCUCGGUUUUCUGAGGGGAGAUGCGGAUGCAACGCAAAUUCAAGGCUAAUCGCAUCCUACUCACCAGAUCUGAGCUUCCCUUACACUGAUCGUUAUCAUCAGCAUCAUCAUCAGCAUCAGCGAGGAGGGAAUUAUCACCAUCAUCAGCACUGCGAGGGCAAAGGAGUCACCACCAUACUCGGCACAAUGUAGAGCAAUAGCAGUUGUAGGUGUGGUAGGAGCCAGAUUUCUACAGUGGUGAAUCCUCAUAUUUGGGUCGUUCAUUUUGGACAUCUUUUUGUACCUACAAGGCUUCAAGAUGAGCAACACCCAAGACCCUCCUCAGGCGAGAGCAUCAGAGCUGGAGGUCAUCUCCCAGCAGGUGGAGGACGACAACCAGUGCGUGGCUCCAGUCCAGCUGGUGAGCUUUGCUUACAGAGACUUGCCUCUGGCCGCCCUGGACAUUUCCCUCGCCGGAUCCCAGCUCAUCUCCAACCCAGAUGAAGACGACAACAGAGAAGGAUCAAACUGGCUGAAGCCGUGCUGUGGGCGAAGGGCGGCUCUGUGGCAGGUGUGUCUGCUGUCGGCGAGCUUCAACUGUUUCCUGGUAGCCAGCGUGGUCCUGGUGGUUGUGCUGCUGGUCGUGGAGCUGCUCAUAGACACCAAGCUGCUGCAGUUCAAUAAUGCAUUCCAGUUUGCCAGCGUCAUCCACUGGAUCAGCCUGGCUAUCCUCUCUGUGUUCUUCACGGAGACAGUCUUCAGGAUAGUGGUGUUGGGAAUAUGGGAUUACAUAGAGAACAAAGUAGAGGUGUUCGAUGGCGCCAUCAUCGUCCUCUCUCUGGCCCCUAUGGUGGCCUCCACAGUGGCAAAUGGUCCCAGCAGCCCCUGGGAUGCCAUCGGUCUCAUCAUCACACUGCGCAUCUGGAGGGUCAAGAGGAUCAUUGACGCCUAUGUGCUGCAGGUGAAGGUGGAUAUGGAGCUGGAGAUGCAGCAGUAUGAGAAGGCUAAGGCACUGAGAGAGGAGCAGCUCGAUCGUCUUACACAGAUCUGCCAGGAACAAGCUUUUGAAAUCAGACAGCUGCGCGCUCACCUCGCCCAGCAGGAUCUGGAUCUGGUGGCAGAGCGGGAAGCAGCCAUGCAGAUCCACCAUAUAUGGAGUAAAAAGAGCAACAGUUUCCAUGAGGUGGACGGGCUGGCCCCCGGGGGCUCCGAGCAUCACGGUCCAGCCAAAACUAGGGAACCGGUCGGCCCAUCAGACCACCAUGGUCAGGAUGACAUGAACAACUACAUCAGCCAGUAUUACAGUGAGCAAAGCAGUGAUUUGGGGAUCCCCGAUCCGGCCCGUGUCAUCACCACAGCAGCCAUAGACGUGCACCUGCCAAACAACCCCAGCCAGCUUCCGUCCACUCUGGUGAGCGCAGACGCGGUGCCGUCCGGCCGUCUGCAGCGCACCGGCAGCUCGGUCAGCGAAGUCUCCACGACCGCUGGAUCCCGCACCAGCUUCAGCGCCCGCCAGCACAGCAUCAGCAGCCACACGCUGGGCUCCAGCAUGGACUGCAGCUCCACUGUACGCGAGGCCUCCACCUCCACAGACUACAGCGACCAGCGCUGCUACCCGCCACCUUACAGCAGCCCCCUGGCCCUGGGCACUCAGCCCAGAGGAGGUCCUAGUGCGGUGGUGCAGGAGCUCCUCUCCUCUCUUUCUGAGGACUCGUGUCUCACCCAAAAGGCUCUGGACCCCGUCAACCUCAAACCGCCCAGCCCCACAGGUUCCACUAAAACGAGCCCCGAACUGGAACAUAGGGUCAAGAUCUACAACAAGAGGAACCAGGAGAGUAGGGUCGGACUCCAGGCAAAGACCGUCAUCCAUCUUCAGGGUAACGAGCCUCUUCUGGGGGAGAAGUACAGGAUGAUCGGGUCAGUGGACGCUCCCGUCCACCGCCUAUCAGAGACAUAGGUGAACCAUUUUAGAAUGUGUUCUUUAGAUCAGAUGCAAAAAUUAAUGCAAACUGCACCCCGCUGUUGGAAGCCACCGGCACAGAGGCUGUGUGGCCGCAACGCUUGUGCUGCUGGAACAGAAAAGCUGAACAAACCGAACACACGGCUACAGACGAUGGCAGAUUUAAAAUCACUCAUCAGGAAUCCUCACUCCAAACACUUUCUUACUUUUCUUAAAGAAAACUUAAAAACAAACAAACAAAAAAACAACCAGCACUGAGGCCUGAGCCUCACCUCCUCAAUCAGGCCUGUACAGAAAAUCUGGUGUUGAAGUUCGACUCGCAGAGAAACAAGCGACCCGGUGGUGCUGAGUGCCUGUGGCCACUCCUCUGACUGACCUUGAGGUUCUCCUGAAGGUGAAGGAACGGAGGACACUUCCUAACCAGAUGAGGAAAAAUCAGAAGGAACAAAAAGCAGCUUUUUCAAUGGAUCACUACAGGGUACAUUUGGUCUCUCAGCUUCUACUUUACACAAAAUAGUUUGUUUCUUAGGAACAUUUUAAAAAUUUAGAGCAUUCAGAAACCUUUUUUGGUUCAUUAAUCAAAAGUCCUUCUUAUAACAUGUUUUUGAUUAACUAUAUUUAUUUUAGAACAUUUAAUAACUCAAUUCAAUGAAAAAAUAGCAUCUAAAUUACAGCAAAAUUACCUUCAGUUAUUAUUUUUGGUACCAUCACAGAUAAAGAAAUAUCAUGAUUAUCAUUAGGAAACAUUUUAAAACAAAUUGAAAGUAACUAGUUGAACGCGUUGCUCUCUUUAAAAGCACUGCUUCAAGUGCCUGCCCUUUGAGUCAACGUGAAGAUAUCCAGCAAAAGGUGCCUCAGUAUUUUCUCAUCAGGUAUUUAUUCCUAAAAAUGUGCUAACUACAAGAAUACCAGGUUCAAACUAAAAACGUUAGCAUUGUAUGUCAAAUGCUGACAGCUAAGGCUGAAAUACGCUUAAGCACGGAAGAAAAUGUGAAAUAACUGACUUUCAGACUAGUUGCUUUAUACUUUAUAAGCUGAAAAAGAGUAAAAGAUAAAAAAAUGGGUAAAGGAAAGCUUACCUGAUUUAUAAAGUCAAAUUAUGGAGACUAAAAUGCUAAUAAAAAAAAGGAAAACAGAAUUUAAGUAAACACUGCUACAAAUGUCACAACUGCAAAAAAGGCUUGGAUUUAUAGAAAAUGCAAAAUUAACUAAAGAAAAUGUUAGCUAAAAUUUUGAUGCUUUAAGCUAAUCUUUAACAAAAUUCCACUUAGAAAAGAAAUGAACAAGAAAAAGGCCAAAAAAUUAGAUGAAUAAAAGCUUCUAAAUGAUGAAAUGCUUAAGUAAAAAAAAAAGCAGAAAAAGCCAUAAAUGAUAAAGCUGCUCCUAAAUUUUUAACCUUCAGUGUAAAUAAAUAAAUAAAAACCACAAAUACUUUAAAAAAAAGAGCCAGUAUAACUUGAAAAAAAGAUUAAGAGUGCAACAUUUUUAAAGAGUUUGAGCAAUUUCUAAACCACACAAGUGAACAAAACCAAAAAUCUUCUGAAGAACAGUUUCUUUGAAAUCAAAGACGUGAAGACUGAACACGUGGAGGAAUCAGAGGAAAGUCCUAACUGUGUGCAUAUUCUCUCAGAGUACACACAGUAUUACACCAUAUACUACUAAGAGCAAAAAAAAGAAACUGCCAUAGGUAGGUACAGAUCAUUUAUUAGGAAUUAAGUAUUUGCAGGAUAUAUACAAAACCUGGUAUUUCUUUCUGGACACUACUAAUAGAGAGGAUGUUGACGGCGGAGUUAGUCCGACACUCAAACAUGCAGCUUCAGGAACUGAUUAAGGCGAUGAGCAGGCGUCCUGUUAUUGCUCUUGGUGGAGCUGUCUGUUGAAGGUUUGGUGGGAGCGCAGCUCUUCACUUGCUCAGUGCUUCCGUCAUCUCAGGAACGGCCUUCAAAAAAAAAAAAAGAUGCAAAAAUUAUUUGCCAGAAUCGAACCUUAACACUGUUGCCAAAAAAAGUACCUGUUUUCUGUUCAAUGAAUCGAUGGAUAAAAAUUGCUGUGAAUGAUCCCAGUUAAAAGUAAAUUUCUGAUUUAGCUAAAGUUUACUAACUUUGUUUUUUUCUUUGUGGGUGCUAAAAAAAA